GGCUCGCAGCCAGCAGCUGGGGCAGGGCUAAGAGCGCGGCGACGGGAAGAGGCCGGAUCGGUCCCAGCGGUGGGCAAGGGGCGCCGGGCGGUCUGCAAGGUAGGCCGGGAGGCACCGGGGGCAGGGGCCGCCGGGAGUGCCGGAGCCUUGCUUUGGGGCGGGAGGGCUCAGCCGCGGCUCAGGUAGAGGCUACCUCUAAGCAUGUGCAGAGUGCCCGCUCCACCCGCCGCUUGAAGGGUGACAGCUGGGGGCGAGGCGCUGCUCCGAGGAACAACUGCUUCCCCUGGGGAAUCAAGGGCCAAGUGGGCAGGAAUUCUUUAGUCAGGAUGGGGUCGGAGAGCGGCUAGGAAAGAGCAGGUUGUGGGAAGGAAGAGGCUGAGAAGUGCCUCAUCUUGGGGUGCUGGUGGAGGUCUGCUUUAUCCUGCCAGCUAUGAGCCUUGGAAGGAGGUGGUGGGUCAUGGGAGCGAACGUUGCCUCUUGAAGGAUCCGGGAAGUCUGCCGUCAUGUAUAUAAUUUUUUUGGAGGGGGUGUGCGUGUGUAUAUGUUAAUGCGCGUUCUGUUUCCUUGACUUCGGAUUAACUCAACGUGUUGGGUCUGUCGGCGGAGGAGGGAGAUGUUUGCUCUCCGUGCUCCCUCCAAAAAGUGUGAGGGGUCUGCGCGCGCCCCUGAUAUAGGUUAUUGCCCCCGAAGUAUUUAUUAGGUACACUUUGCGGGCCCUCCCCCAAUGGCGGGGAGCGUCUGGAGAGACGCGGAAAGGGGAAUAAUUGUAGGGCUGUUGCAGGUGGGUUGGAAACCCCAUGCUGUUACCUCAACUACAAGGAAAACGGCUGCUGAAAGUGAGGGUCCCAUCUACACUAUGAAUUUAAAGCGGUUUUGUACCGCUUUAAACAGUCAUGCCCCCCCUCCCGCCCAAGCAUCCUGGGAAGUGUAAGAGGACUGAAAGUUGUGAGGAGAGUUGAGCGUCAAUUCCGGGAAUUUCCUGGGAAGAAGGAUUGAUUGUUAAACCUCUCUGAGACUGUGAGCUGAAUGUGUAUGUGAGGGGGGAGGGGUGUCUCAUGACAACUCUUCGCACUCUUAUAAACUACAGUUCCCAGGAUGCUUUGGGGGGAAACAGAGGAUGGUUUAAGGCUUUUUAAAAAACUGCUUUGAGGUUUUGUUUUGUUUUAAUCAAGCCGUGUAUUUAUUUUAUGAAAUAAGUAAAAUAAAGUGCUGUGAUACUGCUUUAAAAGAUGGGGGUCUAGGGCAGUAUGGCAGCUGUCACCUAUGCAGAGCUAGCUGAUAUGGUGUUAUCUAGGGUGCAUUGUUCUUGGUUCUUCCUAUCAUUCAACAAGGAAGGGUUGGGGCCUGGCUUGACAUCCACAUGCCUCUUUUUUGUGGGGGUGUUAUCCCUGUUGCUGGAAGUUAUCCAUUGGGAAAUCCCCCUUUUUAUCUCUCUCUUCUCUCACCCCACCCUGGCAUCACUUCUUUAUCUGGCUAUACACACACAGUGUCCCUGAACGUGAGUCUUCAUAAAAAUUAGAUUUAAAAACAAAGCAGAACUGGAGCCAGCCUCCCAAACGGCUGUGGGAGAUUCUGACCUGGUUUCGUAGUGAAGUGAUGAUUUGCGAGGUUGACCUCCCCUUCUCACUGACUUGUUCUGUUGCCUGCUAAAUUGGGCGCUGUUGUGUAGCAAAAAAACCCCCCACUAAACUUCGAAAAAAGGCUGACAGGAAGCUUCUGUUUGCACAAGUGUCUCAAUAGGCCAAGUGUGGGGGAGGUUGCGUUAUGGUGCAAAAACAGCUCUGCUGCAAAGCUGGCCAGUCCAAGGGUUAAGAUCUGGCAGUGAGGCCUUGAAACCGCAGUCGAUGUUUACCUUUCUGUUUCAGAAGGAAGGCCUUUGCUACUUUCGAGGUACUUCAGCUUUUGCUCUGGAUUGCGUUGCCAGGUUUCAAUGGGGAUAGGAGGUACUUGGCUGCUUCCAAGGUUGCCUGGGAUGCCUGCUGGAACUUGCAAAUUCCCAAAUUGUCCGUAAGAAGCUUCUGGCAAUAAUUUAAGAAUGUGUUCCUUCACCAGAUCAUUCAGAUCUCUCAGGGGGGUUCUUGCAUGGCUAGGGAAGUGGCUGAAGAAGGAGCUUGCUCUUUUGACUGUGGGUUGCAUAGGCAGGUUUUUUCCCAUGACAGUGGUACCUCGGGUUAAGUACUUAAUUCGUUCUGGAGGUCCGUACUUAACCUGAAACUGUUCUUAACCUGAAGCACCACUUUAGCUAAUGGGGCCUCCUGCUGCCGCCGCGCCGCCAGAGCACAAUUUCUGUUCUCGUCCUGAAGCAAAGUUCUUAACCUGAAGCACUAUUUCUGGGUUAGUGGAGUCUGUAACCUGAAGCGUAUGUAACCUGAGGUACCACUGUAGUUUAUCUGACCCAGGGAUUCAUUGUAUAGACAUUACAAUGGCUAUUUAAUUGAGGGAGCAGGGUAAGCGAUGAUCACUUUCUCCUGCCUACAGCAAGGUGCUUGCUUUCUUAACAAGGGCUGGGGAACCUGUAGUUUUUAAGAAGUCGGUUGGCUCCAAGCUCUAUCAUCAUCCUGGACCGUUGACCAUGCUAGCUGGGGCUGAUGGGAGUUGUAGUCCAACAGACCCUGGAGGGCCACUGUCCCUGGUUUAGGCAUUGGGACAUAUUUCUGCUCCUGUCCUCCAGGAUAACCACAGGGAAAUGGAAGUGAAGAGUAGCAGCAUAGACUAAGAUCUUUCAAAGAAGCAGGAAUAAUGUCCUGCUGUUUUCAACUGAACUGGGCACUUAAAAGAUGCAGUAAUGUUGUAUACCCCCCAACAUUUUCCCAAUGAAAAUACGGACACCCUAUUCCAUAAUAAUAAUAAUAGUAAUAAUUUAUUAUUUAUACCCCACCCAUCUGACUGGGUUGCCCCAGCCACUCUGCGCGACUUCCAACAUAUAUAUAAAUGUUUUAAAACUUCCCUAUACAGGGCUGCCUUCAGAUGUCUUGUAAAUAGGUUGUAUAGUUACUUAUCUCCUUGACUUAGGGGUCGCAUACCCUCCAACAUUUCUCCUAUGAAAAUAGGAACGCCCUAAGGAAAAGUGGAACAUUCCAGGAUCAAAUAAAAAACCAGGUCGGCUUCUGUAAAUCUGGGACUGUCCCCGGAAAAAAGGGACACUUGGAGGGUCUGAUAUUGAUGUUCCAGUGCCCUGACUUCCAUGAUGUUGACUGUGAGGUGUUUGCUGAGAACCAGUAUUCUUUCUCUGUCUCUUUCUCCCCCGCUUCCCCACCCCCCUCUGGUUUGCAGUAAGUCAGUUUUAUGAUUCCUGGCUGACUCCUGCUGCUGCUGCUGUUCUCCCAGCUGGCGUCUCCAAUGUCAAAACCACAGUGCAGUGUUUGUCUCUGGCCUGUGUUUAUAGAAGCAAGGUGCGAAAGAAGAGACAUCUUAUACAGGAGCUUGGUUAUAAAGAUCAGAACAGCUAUUCUGUAAGCGUAAUAAUCCAUCAUGAUCCAGCACAAAGCCCUUGGCUACGUGGAACAAAUGAAACUUGUUAAAGGUCACACAUGCAAAACAAAUUUGCUUUCAUUUUAAUUCUUUCCCCAAAAUAAAUGGAAAUGGGAGCAUUUAUUCGACUGGGGGUGGGGGGACUACACUCAUUGUGUCAAAUCUGGCUUUUAAUAGUCUGACACAGUCUGCCAGCUAUUAAGAACUGGUCCUGCUUGGAAGUCGGGAUUUCUGAUGAGUCCUUUGUCAGAGGCAUAUAUGUUGUAGUAAAGUGAGGCCCUUAGUUAAACCAAAAGCUUUUGCUCCAUAUGUCUUGUGAUAAUCCUGCAAACAGGUAUUGAAAUGAAAUUUUGUGCCUAUGUUCAGGACAUACUUCUGCAUUUUAAGUUUUAAUCCCAUGCUGUUUUGUCUUUUUUUAAAUGCACAUGUAUAAAAUCCAGCAAAAUAACAUAUCUUUACAAUAAUUAAAUUUAUCUUAGACCAGUGGUUCCGAGGACCCAUAGAAUGCAUCCAGGGAGUCCAUAGCCCCAUCCCUUACCUACCCCCAACUAUUUUUUUGUAUUUUUUGCAUAGUAAUAUCACAAAUUUUAUUGUCUGUUUUAGUGCUGUAUGAUUUUUGUUUUGUAAUACAUUUUUAUUAGUUUUCAAUUACAGUCCAAUAAUAGCCUCAUUAUAACAAUAGCAAUUUUAAUACAAUUAUUAAUACAAAUAAUUAAAAUACUGAAUUACCGGUAUAUAAUUUAGUUAAAGUGGCUCUCCGCGUGCUAGAUUUGAUGGUUUGAUAAUUUUCUUUAUUUCGGUGUUCCAAAAUCUUAUCAGGUUAAAUUACAUUCUGGUCACAAUAAAAAUCCCUUAUACAACAACGGCAAUAUUAAUAACUUUUAUUCGUGUUGGCACAUUAAAUGAUUUAUAAAACUGCAAGUGAGGAACUCAAACUAUAGCCUUGUUCUUCCUGUGUGUGGCAAUUAUUUUGUCCAUGGUGUUUCUUCCUGUCCUUGUAAGAUGUUAUGUCUUUCUUUCCCCUGGUUGUUGCUGUUAUCCGUCAUGCCUUUGGCAGAGCUGAUAUCCAAUUGUCGUUUCAGUAAUUUCUCCAUCGCUCUGUCCCAUGCGUUGUUGUUUUAUACCGAGAACUUUAACAACAUCUGCAAAAGUCACUCUGUCCCAGUAAAUAAACUGUUGUCACCAUUUUCCUUCUCAGCCUGGGAAGAAGAGCGGUCUGUCGAACUGCAGAUGAUUCAAUAAAGAACCUUAGCAGCUACUUGGCAGUUCACAGACUCCUCAUCUGUAGAACUUCCUUCCCCACAGAGGUGUGUCUGGCACCUUCAACAUGGAGCUUUUGGUGAAUGCUGAAGACAUGCCUCCUCACUGUGGCUUUUGACACUUGAUGUCUUAUUUUUUGGGACGUGGAUGGCGCUGUGGUCUAAACCACUGAGCCUGGGGAUUGCCGAUCGGAAGAUCGGCGGUUUGAAUCCCUGCGACAGGGUGAGCUCCCGUUGCUCGGUCCCAGCUCCUGCCAACCUAGCAGUUCGAAAGCACGUCAAAGUUCAAGUAGAUAAAUAGGUACCACUCCGGCAGGAAGGUAAACGGCUUUUCCGUGCGCUGCUCUGGUUUCGCCAGAAGUGGCUUAGUCAUGCUGGCCAGAUGACCUGGAAAAACUGUCUGCGGACAGACGUCGGCUCCCUCGGCCAGUAAAGCGAGAUGAGCACCCCAACCCAAGAGUCAUUCGCAACUGGACUUAACUGUCAGGGGUCCUUUACCUUUACCCUUUUAUGUCUUAUUUUUAGGACCCAGCUUGUUUCUGCGAUUGUUGGUGGUUUUGAACUGCUUUUAAUAAUAAUAAUAAUAAUAAUAAUAACAAUAAUAAUAAUACCCCACCCAUCUGGCUGAGUUUCCCCAGCCACUCUGGGCGGCUCCCAAUUGAGUGUUAAAACAAUACAGCAUUAAAUAUUAAAAACUUCCCUAAGCAGGGCUGCCUUCAGAUGUCUUUUAAAGAUAAGAUAGCUGCUUAUUUCCAUCACAUCUGAUGGGAGAGCGUUCCACAGGGCGGGCGCCACUACCAAGAAGGCCCUCUGUCUGGUUCCCUGUAACCUCAUUUCUUGCAAAGAGGGAACCGCCAGAAGGCCCUCAAUGCUGGAUCUCAAUGUUGUGCAAUACUGUGUUUUAACAUCAGUAUUGCAUUUUAAUUGUUGUACCUUGGCCUGGCACCUUAGGGUGAAAGGUGGGUAAUAAAAUGUAAUAUUUGUAAUAUUUAUGAUAAUAUCUCCAGAGAGAGAGAGAGAGAGAGCCAGCCCACCUGCCAGGCAACAGUUUCCAGCAUCAAACUGAUCUUAUCAUGAAGAACCUUUUAAUGUUCAUCCAAAAUCUAAUCCUGCCCUUUGGGGCAGAGAGAACAAGGCUUUGUCAUAGCACUCCUUCAUUACCUGAAGGGAUUUCACGCUGCAGCCACCACACCCCUCAAGUGUUGGCUUCUCCAGAAUAGAUAUCCAGGUCUGUAGCAUCUUCUUUGACAAUAUGUUAGUAUUUAGUUUGCAUUCUGAGUUUCCCAGGGUGCUUAGAAAGGUGUGUCAUAAUGUUUCUCACAGAAACGGUGAGAAUCCCAGAGUCCAUCCCUUCAAAUGAGUAGAGAAGUGUCAUUCAACUAGGAGAGGCAGAAAGUUCAGUGGCUGUCUUUAUUUCGAAACAAAUGCUUUGAGUUUUCUUUGCUUGUUGUGUCUCUCCCAGCACUUUGCUUUUAGUGGUUCCCUAGCCAUGUGCACAGGAAACGUUUCUCAAAGUGAGAAGUGGCCAGUGCAUUCAAAGCUGCAUUAUCUUCCUCCACGUGCAGAAGUGCUUUCAAUUGUUUCUUGGUGUAUCUGGUUUCUGUUCUGCCUCUCUCUCUCUCUCUCUCUCUCUCUCUCUCUCUCUCUGUUUUAAGCCAAUGAAGAGUCCUGCUGCAGCAGGCCAAUGGCCCAUCUUAUCGAACAGCCUAUUGUAUCUCAGAGGACAUUUAUCAGCACCCUGCCUCAUCCUGCUCCUUCAACCGCAUGAAGAAAGCAUGGGGCAAGUUGACAGAUGAGAUCCCUGCAGAUUCAGAUUAUUAACAACCGUGUGCAGAAAGUUCACAGGGCCUGUAACCACUGUUAGAAGUGGUGUUUCUCUUGGGGACCCCAUCUUUAUGGACACCUUCUAGCUCACUGGCCUCGUUUGCUUAUACAGUGGUACCUUGGAAGUUGAACGGAAUCGGUUCCAGAAGUCUCUUUGACUUCCAGAACAUUCAGAAACCAAGGCGCGGCUCCUGCAGCCAAUCGGAAGCCCCGUCGGACAUUGGGUUCCAAAGAACGUUUGCAAACUGGAACACUCACUUCCGGGUUUGUAGCGUUCAGGAGCCAAAACAUUCGACUCGCAAGGCAUUUGGGAUCCAAGGUAUAACUGUAAUGCUAAGCCCAAACCAUAGCUUAGUGAACAAUUGCAGCCACUUCACUACCUUCCACCCCACAAUCCUGCCGCUGAACUACCUGGCUGGACUAAACAGACCAUGGGCAGUUAACUAAGUACAGACCUUGGAGCCACUUGGGUUCACAUAGAGCUCUGAGCCAAAUCACGGCUUUGCUCUGGGUAGCCUGACAGCAUCAGAACUGGGGGAGGAGUGAAGCAGUCAGCUUUUUCCCUAGGCACCUGUACCUAUGUGCAUGUUCUUGCUGUGUUACAUCCAAACCAGACAAGGCACAAAUUUCAUGCAUAUAUUUUAAAACAAAAAACAAAACAUGGCAAGUCAAGUGUCUUAAUUGCGCUUUUAGAUUUUAAUAGUUUUUGUUUGAUACAGUAUUUUAAUAGUUGUAUUUGUAUUGUGAGCCACUCGGAGAAUUUAUAUUAUGGAUUGGCUAUAUGCCACCAGCCUUUCCCCAACCUCCCAGUACUUUGCCCUACAAAUCGCAUCAGCCUCAGCCUCAGCCAGCUGGGGAAAUCCUGCUGCUUUAAAAUCUUUCUCUCGGCCCAGCUUGGCUUUUGUGCAAGCAUGAUGAGUCUGCUGUUUGCAAUGGGGAAUCAAAAGCAUUUCCUGAUCCACUGUGCAGACUGCUGGCUUCUUUCACUUUCCAUUCAUGGUUUGAAAAAAGAAGACAGCUCUGAAUUGUGCCAUGGUGGUGGUGGUUCUUUGAGACUGAAAUGUCUACCCUCUCCCUUGCCUGCUGACGACUUAUUUCAAAUGAUUCUUGACCCUCAGGAAACUGAAAGAUCGGAACAGACAAAUAACAGUUCUUUCCUCCCGGGCUUCAUAGCUAGCUUCCAAAUGACCUGUGCGUGGAACAAAUCCGAAGGCAACUUCCUUGUCUCUGGGGCAGUUCCCAGCAGAGUCUGCCUCCUGUGUUUCCCGUAAGCCCCUUUCCUGCUUUCCAAGGGAGUUGCUGGAGGCUGGCUUUGGGGGCGAAUGAGAACAGAGAUUGAGAAUUCAUCCUGUGCUUACCCGUCAAGACUGUAAAGGUACAGUGUUGUUGGGGGGGUGGGGGUGGCGUGUCCUGUUAGUUUUGUUUCAUUUCGUGCUCUGAGGGGGCUUUUUGAAUGUGGGUGAAAGUAAACGUGACUUGGUAAAUGUGGAAGGUUUGCCAAAAGUCCGUCUGUUCUGCAGAUGUGACGGAAUGAGGUGCUGGCGUGAAUCGCACCACAGCAAAGAGCUGGUGGGGAAUUACUUUUUUUUAAAAAAGCUACAGUAUCUCAUUUUAAUUCUGGACAACCUGUUGUCCAUUAUAAAGGCCUUUGGCUAUAUACAAUAAAAUUUAUUUAAAUGGAAAUAUUUUAAUUCCGUAACUAGAAAACUAGAACUGAAAAAUGGAUGUGCUAGUUUGUUUACUUCCUAGGAGGUACGCGUGGAGGAGCAUCUGUUUGGUGUAAUGGUGAGAGUGUCUGACUAAGACUUGGGAGACCAGGGUUCGAACCUCCACUCAGCUAUGAAGCUCACUGGGGAACUUUGGGCAAACACACCCUUUUAGUCUAACCUACCUCACAGGGUUGUUGUGCAGUUUAAAUGAAGAGGAUGAAAACUUAGGGUUGCCAUACGUCCAGAAUAUCCCGGACUUAUCCAGAAUACUGCAGUCGAAAGCAGUGUCUGGGUGGAAAUCACUAAAAAUGCUCGGGAAAAUCCAGACAUAUGGCAACCUGUGUUGGCAGUGUCAUUUUUUUGCUAUUUUCCUUAAAAAAUAGGGCAAAAACUUGUUUGUUUGUUUGCCAAAAAAGCUCAACAAACGAUGUAUGCCACCUAGAACUCUUUGGAGGAAAGGUGGGAUAGAAAUGCAGUAAGAUAAACAAACAGCAGCAAAACCCAGCAAAAAGAGCUUUUAAGCACUCUGCCUUGCUUACCAGGCUCUGGGAGACACUCACCUGCAGGCCUUUGUGAGAUGUCACAAAGGCCUCCAGAGUUUACACAAGACCUUUCCAGGGCCUGGUAAACACCUUGCAUGUGUUCACCGUAUUUUUCGCUCUAUAAGACGCACCAGACCACAAGACGCACCUAGUUUUUGGAGGAGGAGAACAAGAAAAAAAAUAUUCUGAAUCUCAGAAGCCAGAACAGCAAGAGGGAUCGCUAUGCAGUGAAAGCAGCGAUCCCUCUUGCUGUUCUGGCUUCUGGGAUAGCUGCGCAGCCUGCAUUCGCUCCAUAAGACGCACACACAUUUCCCCUUACUUUUUAGGAGGGAAAAGUGAGUCUUAUAGAGCAAAAAAUACGGUAAUUUGUGUGAUGGGUAUGCUGGCCAGCCGCCAAGUGCAUAAAACUGUGAUCACGCAACUUUCGAGUCAACUGUAUUUAUUUAGAAGAUUUAUAAGCCGCUUAAUCUAAGAGCUCCCCAAAGUGGUGUACAAAUAAAAUGUAGCUAACCCAGCUAAAACCUGCAAAACAAUUAAAAAACAAACACACAUAAAAUAAUUAUUAAAGCACAGAUAAAGCCAGACAAACUUUUAAAGCAAAUACAUUAUGGGUAACUGAAAUAAUAUAUCUUGUUAAACAGCAAAGGCCAGCCAAAAUCUGUUGGCAUCUUAAUACAAACAAACAAAUGAAGUUACUUGUUAUUUGCAUAGCAUCUUUUUUUGCAAUUCAGCAGAUUAAUUAGUUUAUGGGGGUUGACUAUGGCUUCUGUCCGUAACAGAUGCAAGCAAUUUACUCUGUGGCUGAUACUUGCAAAUUAGGCAAGAAUUAUUUUGUCACUCCAGACCCACAAAUGCAAAAUGUGGCCUUUCACGAGCGUUUGAGAAUAGCAGCUCUUUUUAAGUCAGUUACCUGCAUAAAUUGAAACCAGAGGACACUUACCGAAACCAUGACCUGUCAAAUAAUUUUCCAAGCAAUGCUGCCGUUUUACGAAUGCGGAUGUGUUAAGGGCAUUUUGUCACUUGAAUACGUGCCAAGUGAUCCUGUAUCUUCCUAUCUUGUCACCUCUGCUCAUUUUAAUUUGUAAUUUGACAGGAGGAGCAGGCUAGCCAAAAUGAGAUCAUCACUGCAAAAAACUGCUGUACUGGAGGAAGUAAUUGUAUAAUUGCCUUAUGUUGCGCUUUUUUACAAGUAUUCAAAAUGCCACACACACACAUUGUUUCUCUACAAUCCUGUGGGUUUUUUUUAAUGUAUUUUGGCCUCUCUCUUUUUCUUUUCUCCCCUGUGUUACUCUGAAAAGCAAGAGGUUGAGGUGUUGGCUCAGUCCCAAAUGUGAUUUAUUUGAGCCAAUAAUCGUUAGUGCUACUAUGAACUCUUAAUAGCAUCUUAAAACUCCUCCCUGUUCUUGUAACUCUGGACUUUUUGCAUAUAUUCUAUACAGUAAUUAGUAAUUCCUUGGGUUUGGAUACAACCACACACAGGCUGGGUUUUUCAGAUUUUUUGAUGCUGCAGAGAGAGAAAGAGAACAGGAAUCAAGACUUUUCUAUGAAAGAAAAAUAUUUAUAUAUAUGUUUAUGUAUAUAAGAUAGGAUGUGUGUGUGUGUAUUUAUAUGUGUGCUUGUAUAUGUCUCCUGUGUGUACACACACACAAUGUCCUAUCAAUUGCUCCCUUACAUUCUCUAUAUCUGUGACACUUUAUUCCUAUCCUGUAUUUACUCAAAGUCAGAGCCUGGAAGGACCACAGACCAGCGGCAACCACUGCCCCUGUUUCUUAGCCUGGCAUCACUCAAGCUGGAGUAGUGUAAUUGUUAGUAUUGGACUAGGACCUGGGAGACCAGGGUUCAAAUCCCCACAGAGUCAUGGAACUCACUGGGUGACCUUGGGUCAAUCACCGCCUCUCAGCCUAACCUACCUCACAGGGUUGUUGUGGGAAUUAAAUGAGGGACCCUCGUGUGUCCCCUUGAGCUCCUUGGAGAGCUUUCUGACUGCAACAAUAAAAUACGGUAAAUAUGCUCCAGCCUGCCACAUUUUUUUAUCGAAGCGUAUUUUAUUCAUUAAUAAAUUUUAAAAUCUGAAAAAACCUACAUUGGGCAGCUGAGAUUUCCUCCCCUCCCCCAACUGCCAAUUUAGGAAGGAAUAUCUGAUGGAACAAAAUAUCAGAACAGACUUUAAAAUGAUCUCAGAAUUCUCAGCUUUUUAAAAAGCCCUUUGCAUGCUAGCUCUUUUGUGACUGUCCCCUGCACAUCCUCUAACCCAAUCACAGGCUUUUGUGAACCAGGUGGUUCAUUAUACUUCAUUACCACCUCCUUAAAAAACAUUUUUUAAGAGUGUCACAGCAGAAUAUUUCCCCCUUCUUUCCCCAUAUGGUUCUGCCCUACCCCAGGACUUCCAGCAUGUGGCCUCCAUGAAUCUCUCCCACCCCCAAAAAAUCCCACAAGCUUCUAUUAUGUCCUGCAUUUACCAUGCUCCUCUGCCUGUUUCCACAGUGGGCUGUUGCAACAACAUACAGCUGCACAAUGGAGGCUGUUCCAUGAGGGCAUUGCCCCGCCCCAACUUCUCAGCUGGCCCUCACCUGCCUGUCUUCCUACCUGCAGUCAGUGGGUGGCUGUGCUUGACGUUGGCUAUGUCAGGCAUAGGCAUAGGCAAACUCCGGCCCUCCACAUGUUUGGGACUACAGUUCCCACCAUCCCUAGCUAACAGGACCAGUGGUCAGGGAUGAUGGGAAUUGUAGUCCCAAACAUGUGGAGGGCCGGAGUUUGCCCAUGCCUGGGCUGUGUCUACUGCUGGUCUCCCUGCCUUCCAGCUUACCAGUCCCAGUGGGCAGUAAUACCCACCACGGGACCCAGACUUCGUGGGAAUGUUACCAGGACAAGGUCCGCCUCCCCUUUCCAGGCUGACUUUAACUGCCACAGAGGAGAAAGACGUCUUUAGAAAUCUGAACUCGGGAGAACUCUGGCUGGCAUCCUUUUGUGAGAUUCUCCAUGUGGGGAAUGUGAAUGGUACAGAGACUAUAUAUAUAUAUUCCUGGGGAGGAAGGAUUGUGGCUUCCUCGGUAGUGCAUCUGCUUGGCCUUUACAAGGUGUCAGGUUGAAUCCCUGGCAUUUCCAGUUAAAAAGGGGGAAACAGGUGCCCUGGAAGGCUGCUGCCAGUCAGAGUGGACUAUACCAGGCUAGAUCCACAGGUAUUCUGAACUAGAAUUAGGCACAGAAAACCCUGCCCCCUCCCUUUUCUCUUCUUUCAUGGAACUCAAGGCGGCAUACGUGGGGCUCCUCAGUUGUCUCCCAUCCAGGCACAGGCUCAAAAUUUGCUUAGCUUCAGCAAGGCAGCUGUAUCAUUUGCCCUCAAGCCAUGCCCUAAGACCUGCCUGUGUUUUCCCUCUACAGAGAAGCUUUGGUAUGGGCUGCCCACCUAACGCGGCCUCUCUUUGAAAACAAGACGAGGUUUGUUACCUCACCAAAUUUUGCGCCGUUAUUCUGAAGUGUGAGGUAAAAAGAGUUAAAUACACACACUUGGAACAUUUUAUGUCUUUUUGGGUAAGGACCAGGGGCACAAGCCUGUUGGCUUAGCUCCUGGGAAAUCUCCGGUCCAGAUUUCACCUCGACCAUCUAGCUUUCAGAAAUAAUAACGCUGACCUAACUUGUUGAGAAACUGAGAGAAAAUAUGUUGGGCUCUUUGAACACUUGAAGUGAGCGCCAUAAAUGCUAAAUAUAGAGCGUAGCGGUUAAGAGUGUGGUACUUGGACCUGGGGGACUUGGGUUCAAAUCCCCGCUCUGCCACGAAGCUCACUGAGUGACCUUGGGCCAGUCACUGCCUCUCAGCCUCACCUACCUCACAGGGUUGUUGUGGAGUUUAAAUGGGGAGACGGCAAGUUGAGCCUUGAACAACGCUUUAGUUUGUCAUCACUCAUAACGGGGGUGCUCCAUUUGAAGGUACCUGUCAGGCACCUUUUCCAACAAUGUUAUCUCUUGUGUUAUGAAACAGAGUGCCACACCCCCUACACCCUGUUAUACUCUGAUUUCCCAUUUAUUUUUCAAACUGACACUCUUAACAUUUUGCAGCUACAGCUUUGGUUUUCCCUUCAAUUUAAAAGAACAUCCUCAAAAAUAGAUAAACUUCUGCAAACCUCUGUGUGCCCACAAACGUUAUAUUUCCCUCUUGCUUCCUAGUGGCCCCAUUUUGGCUCCAUCCACCAUGGGGUGAUUCCUGAUUAGUAUCCUUGGGCAUCUGUUCGGUCACUCACUUUUUGUGUUGAUUGACAGUGCUGGCUGUCAAUGAGGCAGUGCCAUUCAGGAAUACACACCCACAUUUCUGCAAAUAUCUUUUCAGUACCUAUACACAUACACCUGUCUCCUCCCCACCCUCCCACCCCCACCCCCCAGUGUUUAUCUAAAUUCUCUUCAUUGUUGUCUGGCUAUGUGUGUCAGUCAACAAUUAGUUUUGUCUUUGAUUUGUUUUAUUUGCACUUUUGGUGAUGGUAGUGGGCGGCUUCUUUAAUCAGCUUGCAGAAGAGAAGUGGAAAGUUGUUGCAGGACUACUUGAGCUGCCUGCCAUGCAAAGCGGAAGAGAGAACUGUGUUGCCUGUGUGUCUUGAUGACAAAAUUCUUUCCAGGCCUCAGACUUAGAGGGUUUGGUGCUGUGUCUUUUGCUUGACUUUUAAUAAUAAUAAUAAUAAUAAUAAUAAUAAAUUAUUUAUACUUCACCCAUCUGGCUGGAUUUCCCCAGCCACUCUGGGCGGCUCCCAACAGAAUUAAAAGCACAAUAAAACAUCAAACAUUAAAAACUUCCCUAAACAGGGCUGCCUUCAGAUGUCUUCUAAAAGUCAGGUAGUUGUUUCAUUUCCUUGACAUCUGAUGGGAGGGCAUUCCACAGGGCGGGCGCCACUACUGAGAAGGCCCUCAGCCUGGUUCCCUGUAAACUCACAUCUCGCAGUGAGGGAACCACCAGAAGGCCCUCAGAGCUGGACCUCAGUGUCCAGCCUGAAUUAUGGGGGUGGAGACACUCCUUCAGGUAUACAGGGCUGAGGCUGUUUAGGGCUUUAAAGGUCAGCACCAACACUUUGAAUUGUGCUCAGAAUUGUGCUCAGGGUACAUGGAGAUGAGUCUAGAUAGUAUUCUGAUCGUGGAGUUUGAGUGAGAGAGUGAAUGGGACCACAUGAGCUCUCUUGCUCUCAGUCAGUUGUGAUUCCAGUUUAAGCGCUGUGGCGACUUCCAGGCACAUACAGGUUGGGCAUAUGUUGUAUAUGUUGUACACUUAAAAACUGACACACAAAAACCUGCCAAGAGUCGGAGGACAAUGUGUGGUAUAAAUGUUAUUUUUAUUUUCACACAUACAAGAAAGAGGUAGGAGGGAACGCCACCAGUGACAUACCACAAAUAUUAAAAAUAGCUCUGGGUGAAAAAUGUUCUGCUACCAAAACAGGGGUGGAACAGAAACCUGUCCAAAAUGGAACAUAUAUUGACAGCCUCCAUGAAACUCCAUAGCAUCUGUCAAAGGAAUUGGAAAAAAAUUGUUAUAGAGGCCACCUAAACAAUUUGAUAACACUUUAACAUGGUUUCCCAAUCUGGUGCCUUCCAAGGAUGGUAUUCAAUUAGGUUUAACUCAGAGUAGACCUGUUGUAAUUAAUGCACCUAACUAAAUCAUGUUCCAUCAGUUUCAGUGGGUGAUUUAAAUGAAAUUAGUUGAAUACCACCCUUUAAAUUUUGGAUUACCAAUUCCAAUCAUUCCUAAGCAUUGGCCAUUGUGAGUGAGUUUGGAAAUAGUUGGGAGUCUGGAGAUUGGAGGAAAAGCUAUGUUAGGCUGAGAUCUCUAUCAGGCCUAGCAGUUCAGACUCCCCUUGAAUUACUCCAGUAAUUCCAGAGGUCAAGCAUUUGGGAUUUCCCUAGUGGAGCUCAUGUAACUCUGCUCUUCAUCACAGUUGGUUUGCCAAAUAUUUGCUAGUUCCGCAUGUGUCAUGAUCUUGGUUUUCUUCUGCACCGAGUUCUGCCUUGCCACAAGUCCCCAAUUUGUUCUUUGAAGCAAAGGGGGAUUUCCUGUGUGCUGCCUUGGCUUGUUUCCUUCGUUAGAGGGAAGUGGCUGCUGGAUGCAGCAAAUCUAAUUUGCGCUGGGAGGAAGGGAACCUGGUUGCUGCGUUAGGACAAGGGGACAGUCCCCGAUCACUAAGAAACCACUAAAAACAAAAGUCCCAAUUUAUGAAAGAGAGGCCUGUGAGUUGAUAUUAGCCUUGGUAAACCAAAUGGAGACGCAUGAAUAGAGGCAAUGUACCUCUUGAUUGUUGGUAGCCUGGAACAGGGCAUGACUGUUACAUUCUACUCAACCCAUGCGCUUCCUAUGGCAUCUGGCUGGUCACUCUUGAAAAUGAGUGUUGAGCUAAGUGGCCUGACCCAGCAAAGGAAUUUUUUGCAGUGCACACCUGUAUAUCUGUAUUCAGAAGUAUGCCCACUUUAAAUUCAGUGGGGAUUACUCCCAGGAAAGUGGUUAUGAGAUUGCAGCCUAAGUCAUCUUGCAUGCAGGAAAGCAGGAGGGGUGGAGAGAAUCAAGAUUGUUCGUACAUCUGGCUAUGGAUUAUUGUUAGCUUUUCCCACCUCGUACAGUGGUACCUCGGGUUACGAACUUAAUUCGUUCGGGAGGUCCGUUCUUAACCUGAAACCUUUCUUAACCUGAGGCGUGCUUUCGCUAAUGGGGCCUCCCGCUGCCGCCACGCCGCCACCACGCGAUUUCUAUUCUCAUCCUGGGGCAAAGUUCAUAACCCGAGGUACUACCGGUUUAGCGGAGUUUGUAACCUGAAGCGUUUGUAAUCCAAAGUGUUUGUAACCCGAGGUACCACUGUAUGUCUGAUAAUAAUAAUAAUAAUAAUAAUAAUAAUAAUAAUAAAUAGAAUUUAUAUACCACCCUAUACCUGGAGGUCUCAGGGCGGUUCACAGAAAAGAUCAACUUAAAAAACGCCAUAUAUAUAAACAAAAUAAAAACAACAACCCAAUAACACCCCCCUGCUUUAUACAUUGUAUAAACAAAGUAACAUGCAGUGGCAGCCUCCAAAAUUCUGCACUGAUAAUUCUGUGCUAAAGAAAGUGAAUUCUGGGAUGCAAAUAAUCAUAUGUGUUUAUCAUUUAGGGUUAUUUAUCUUGUUGUUGUUGUUGUUUCUUACCCUGCCUCUCACCUCAGAGUCCCAGGGUGCGUUACAACAAUUUAAAUAUACAAUAUUUAAAAUCGGAGCAAACAGAAACAAAUUUGUUUUACAAAGCUAUUCUGCUUCUUUUAGUCUCCGAAGAAAGGAAGAACAAGAAAAAGAACAGUAUAGAGAGAAGCAAAGGGGGGGCUCCAGGCAACCAUUUUUCCUCCCUGUUGUUAAUUGUGGAGGACUCAGGAUUCCUUGCAGAUCUCCCCCACUUGGGUCAGCAGAGUUAUUUGUGUAGCUGCAGUAAAAUCUGCACUGACUCUGAGAUUCCAGUUGAAAAUGGAUGAAGGGGCCGCAACUGUUGUGUGGAAUGUUUAAGCCACUUUGAAGAUCAAAGCUGAGGUGCUGCUACAGGACUGAUAUAUUAUCUAGGCAGACACUUCUUAAAGGCAGAAAGUAAUUUUCCGUUUCUAGGCUCGCGUGGCUUCUUUCUGUUGUUAUCUUCAGAUUUGCGCACCAGAUAGCUGUAUCAGAUACAACGUAGUACAAAUUAACAUCUUGCCCUGCUUCUGGGGAAACAUAUACCAUAUCUGUGGUAAUUACUUCACAGACAUUAGCAGCAAGAAGAAUAGGAAAGGAAGGAGAAUGCAACAAGACCAUAGUUAAUGUAUAAAUCCGCACACUCCCACCACCACUAAGAAAACCCCUACCAAGCUCUGGUCUGAAGUAAAGAUUAAGCAGGACGUCAUGCUGAUGCGUUAAGAAGCCAUGGUUUCGGUUUCGUACUGUCAUUGAACUAAUCAUCCUGAGCGACUAGGACAGGGGAGGGGACCUUUUUCUACCUGGAAGUUUUCGCAGAACCUUGCAGGAGCCACAAGCCAGAAGUGGGUGUUUCUAAGACAAAAGUGGUUAGAAACAAUGGAAGGUCUUUUAUCUUGAUACAGUAGAGCAGACUUCCUCAACCUCGACCCUCUAGAUGUUUUGAGACUACAGUUCCCAUCAUCCCUGACUACUGGGCCUGCUAGCUAGGGAUCAUGGGAGUUGUAGGCCAAAACAUCUGAAGGGCCGAGGUUGAGGAAGCCUGCAGUAGAGGCUAUCUACCAGCCGCACAAGUCUUACACACAUCGCCCUUUCUAUCCUCCAUCAAAACAAGGAAGAGAUACAGUAUUGUCAUUGUGCAAGGACCCAUUCUGUCAGGGGAAAACACUCUGUACAGAGCAGGGCUACUGAGGGGGCGUGGCCAGGAAGAGUCCCAAAGACCGGUGAGAGGGGCUACAUUUAGCGCCCCCCCCCCCGGCCCAAGUUUCCCCAUACCUAAACUCUGAGAAAAAGAACUGGAUGUAGUUUAACUUGACAUGAAAAAAUACAUUUAUGAAUCGCUAAUAGGAAUGUCUGUCUAUUUAGUUAUUUAUUUAGAAACCCUUUGUGUUUUAAGUUUAGGCUGGUUUGCAAUUGCAUUUACGACUUUUAAAGGAAGUGUUCCAUCUUGGUGGAAAUAGCCCGGUGCACCAACUUGCUUGUAAAAAAGAAAAAUGUUCUGUGUGUUCCUAGGUUUCCAGAUUCAGUGGCCAAGAUGGCACAGUGGAACCAGCUGCAGCAGCUGGACACCCGGUAUUUGGAGCAGCUCCACCAGCUCUACAGCGACAGCUUUCCAAUGGAGCUGCGGCAGUUCCUUGCGCCCUGGAUAGAGAGCCAGGACUGGUGAGCCAUUGGACUUUUCUCAGUAUUUGUGUCUGUGUACACCCACACAGAGAAACUGAGUGGCUGGCUUUGAGUGAGAUCCUUAGGAAAAAUUAAAAGGGGGUGUUCUGAUGGAAACAAAUUUUGUUGCACAGUAAAAUGCCAUUCUUUAAUUGGUUGACCCAGGGAUGCUCAGCCUCUCUCUUCUUGGAGACCCAGAGCAUGGCCAUGCAUGUAUUGCACUAUGCAAACUGACCCCCAUAUGCAUGAUCAAGUUAAGAGGCUUUUUAGUGGUGGAGGGUCACCACUGAAGCAAGGUUCCCAUCUCUAUAGAGUCUUAGUGCUGCCCAGUCAGUAUGAAAGAGGGAGCUUUUCAGCCACUGAGAAGAAGUCUUCUCACACUUUGUGCUGAUUGGAGCCAAUCAAAGUGAAAGGAGAGAAGUCAGCCAUGAGGAUUAGCUCCUAGGGUCACUCUGGAGGAAGCUGAGGUCACUGAGGAGGAGUUGUGCUGUUUGCUCCAAAAGUAACAUGAUGAAAGUGUGGAGUUAUUUCUUCCUUGCAAUCUUUCUUUCUUGCAUUUUUUUUUAAAACACCAACUUGAACAAUAUUUUGCAGAGAGACAUUGAGGGCCAGGCAAAACUGCUCUGGGGAUUGAACCUAACCUACAGGCUGCUGGUUUAAUGAUCUAGAUCAAGGGUGAGGAAUCUUUGGCCCUCCAGAUGCUGUUGGGACUCCCAAUUCCCAUCAAGCCCAGCCAGCACGAUUAAUGGGCAGGGAUGAUGGGAGUUGGAAUCCAACAAUAUCAUGGGGGGGGGGCACACACACAAGCUCCUAAUCCCUGAUCUAAAUGCUCAAACCAUCAUGACCUUCCAAUUGGCAUCCUGUAAAUUCUUUAUUAUGAUAAAGCAAUGUGGCUUAUAGCUGAAAUCCUGAGAUUUCCAAGAACCUUCACUUUGUGGGCGUAUUCUCUUGAGCAAGAGUUUGCUCUUGAUUACGUUCUUGCAAAACUCGCUGGAAAUUCCCAGAAACCUUUUUGCCUCUUGAAAAACAUACAGAAGCUUCCUGAUAUUAAUUGUGCUUCCUGUUUCUAAUGGAAGAAGUGGCAUUUGUGGAAUGAAACCGAGAGGAGAUUCCUGGCCUCCGGAAUCGCCUCCUCUGUUUCCAACAUUGUGACUGAGAGGUGCUGUUAAUUAUGAAGCCAAAGCUUGGAUUAGUGUCCAGAAGUACAAAAAACACUUUGGGGAGGGGGACAAUAUAAAGAUGUGAGUGUUGAUACCCCAAACCAGCCCGAUGAGGACCUGAGAAUGCUGGCUGGUUGGGGCAUAGGAGGAUGGGAAUCCCACUCUGAUCCCAUUAUAGACAGUCAUGACUUCUCCUAAAUAAUUCUGGGAGCUGUAGUUCUUUAGAGAGUUGUUAUGCGCCCCUAUUCCCUACCCAGAACUACAAUUCCCAGGGUUCCCUGUGAAGGGGGACUGAUUGCUAAAUUCUGAGAAUCAUACAGAAUUGUAGAGCUGAAAGGGGCCCUGAAGAUCGUUUCGUCCACCCCCUGCAAUCCAGGAAUAUGCAGCUGUCCCAUAACGGUGAUUGAAUCUGCAACUUUGACAUUAUCAGAACCAAUGGAAAUAUCCAGGAUUGUAGCUCCGUGAGGGGAAUAGGCUUGACUGUGUUAAAGUAGUAUAAUAGCACUUCAAAUGUGUGGUGCGGACGUGGCCUGGUGUGAAGAAGGAGCACUUGGCACUACAGUGUUGUUGUUUUUUGUCAUGCCCCGGGCGCUGUUUUUGUUAAGCCUUGUUUCCUUCUGAUCUGUACAGGGCCUAUGCUGCCAGCAAGGAGUCCCACGCCACGUUGGUGUUCCACAACCUCCUGGGUGAAAUUGACCAGCAGUACAGCCGCUUCUUACAGGAAUCCAAUGUCCUCUACCAGCACAACCUGCGCAGGAUCAAGCAGUUCCUGCAGGUAGGAGGAGCUGGCAGGUCCUGGGUUUGGGAGGGUCUUGUGUUUUGUGGGCACCCGCACCCCCCCAAAAAAGUGCCAACCCAAGUCAUAAAACUCGGGAGAUGGGAAUGAUGGUGUUCAAUCCACUCUUGACAGGAGGCAGUGCUGAAGGUCACCAACUUAGAUGGCUUCAAAAGAGGAUUGGACAGAUCCAUAGAGGAGAGAGCAAUCGAUGGCUACUAAGUUGGAUUUAUAGGAACUACUACAAACUAUCUGAAAGAGUAGGAUGGCGGGAGAGCGUUGGAUUUUGUCCUUGCAUAGAGCGUCACUGAAAUUUGCAAGGCCAGAUUUGAUGGAAUAGUUUGAUGGUUUAGGGAACUCUUAAUAGCACAGAUUAAAGAGAGAUGUUGAGCCCUGAGCUUGGGAGUAAUGCCCACGACAGGCUUAUUUUAGCUUUUACGAUGACAUCCUGUUGGACAUAAAUUCUCGGCUGCUCAUGCUGGGCACCCAGCAUAUAUUUUCACCUGCUGCCCUGAAUCUGAAACCAGCACGUAACACUUCUUUUACGUGCUCCCAUAGAAGAAGUGCCCAACUGCCCCGUCACUGCAUUCCUCCAAAUCAAGGCUGGGUUUCUUAAGAAAAGUUUGGCAUCUUCACCUAGGUUUUGCUCUCUGUGUGUGGCAGUCACUCAUUCCGUUCCCGUUCCUCUUCCUCUCUUACAGAGCAGGUACCUGGAGAAGCCCAUGGAGAUUGCCCGCAUUGUGGCCCGCUGCCUCUGGGAGGAGAACCGGCUGUUGCAGACAGCAGCCACGGCAGCCCAGGUAAGAGGAUGCUUUCGGGAGCAGCUUGUCCCGCAGUUGCCAUCAGUUCCCGUAAGGGACUCGCCAGCCGCGUGGGUGUUUAGAACACGAGCCAAGCAGUGAAUCACAUUGAUGGCUCUUGGUGCAAAUACACCGUGAUCAGUGCAUCCUCCUAUGUCCAUAUGCUGCUAUUGCUGUUUGCAGCAGGGAGGGAGAAACCUGGGACCCUCCAGAAGUUGUCGGGAGUACGGCACACACACCAUCCAUUGAACACGCUGGCGGGGGCUGACGGGAAUUGGGAGGCCCAACCCGUUCCCUGUCCUUGGGUUAUAAGGGGCAAAAAGCUUGAUGGCUGACACAACGGGCAUUUCCUUUGAUGUUUCUUCCAAAGCCUACACCUUUGCAUGCCAGGAAGCAGUGCCUCGCAGCUAGGGUAGCACACACCACCCCAAAACAGGUCCCUGCACGCUUUUGCCUCGGUUGCCGCAACACGCCUUGAGCUUUUCCCUUGUCAAUAUUUCUUUUCUGCGUUCGGGUUUGAAAUGCAGCCAUUUUUUAAUUCUGUGGCUGGAACGGUUGAAAGGCAGCGUGGUCUUGCAGGUGUUGGCCCCCCAGGGUGGAUCAUUCAGCACAGUAUUUCCUUUUGCCAUGAGACAAGCCUGUGCAGCUGUAUGCUACUGAGCAGAGCAAAUGGCUCGCUGGCCUGUGCCAGCUUGAAGCUUCACCAUGGGGAUGGGGGUGGUGGUGGGAGGAAGCAGCACCAAAAGAGCUCCUGCACUGACAUUAUCCUCUUUCCUUGAGUGAGCACACUCAGAGGUGAGUGAGUGCAAGUGGCCAAUGCUAGGCAUCUCUGGGGGUUCAGUCAACACACCCACACCCCGUGGCUUCUUGUUCACCCUUUUUUAUUAUGCAGCUCAGCUGUUUUCUCCUAGGCAAAGUCAAAGAGGUCUUUAAAUGCCACUCCCAGCACUCAUCAGGAUUUUCUCUGUGGACAUCUCAGGGCUUCCUCUGAUUUGCUAAUGUCUCAGUCUGGAUCAGAAUGUAUUUACCAUGUGAUAGUCUCUCCCAGGUUUGCUCUUCUUAAAAAGAAUGAAAGAAAUUGCAGCCAUGAAGGGCCUCAGCCUGAAUCAAGGCAACAGCAGGAGGCUGGCUUUCCCUCCUUCUCAUUUGCUGUUUUCUUCAGAAGGUGUAAUUUGCUGCAAUGGCCCCUUCAGAAGCAAAUAGCAGGGGGGUUUUGGGAGGGGGGAAGGGUGCUUACAGUAUGAAAACGGCACAGGCGGAAAUGUCAGGUGUUCCUUUGCUGUGUGUCGUCGUCCCAGUCUGUGUUGGGGAACAGAACUCCCUGCAGAUGCAGGUUGAAAAAUGCAUGAAAAGGUAGGAUAGAUGCGUAAUAAAAGGAACCGCCUGCCUGUCUCAUACCAUGGGUCAGAGAGAAGCCCUUUGCCAGAUACAGGGGCACUGUUGGUGGAACCAACACUGCUAGCACUCCCACCUCUGCUUAACUCCCAGUGUGUCCCCUGUUUUGACAAGACAUGACAAAACGCUGGCUAGACACCCCCCAGGGGAAAACGCUGCCACCUCUAAACUGGCUGGCUUGUUGCGGUGUUCAGGAAUGAGGCAGGUGCCAAGGCAUGCUGCCUGAUUGCUCCUGCUUUGCACCUUCCUGGCAGGAACGGGGAUAGGUGAGCCAGGAUGCUUCCUGCUAAUGCCCAAAUGUUUUGUUUGGUUUGAUGACCCGCAGCCAUGUUCAGUUGUUGAUUUGUGGCUUGUGUGGGAACAAAAAUUAAACCAGGCCCAGAUUCGGAUGUAGCAGGAAGCCACAGAGCCUCCGGGGUUUUUUUACCCCAUUCACACUGGGGAGGAGCAAGGGAGGAACAACCUGAUAGCAUGUACCCGGCAAAGGGACACACAGCUCAGUGGAUGAGUAGACAGUCCAAGCUCUGGCAGGGCUGGGAAUGUCCCUUGCCUGAAAUCCAGGAGAGCCAUUGUCAGUCAGGCAGAGGAUACCGAGCCAGGUGGACCGGUGACCAGAGCUCAACGUUCACGUGUGUGUUCCUGAUAAGUUACAGUAAGCCAGAAAGUCUGGUUUAUUACAUUUACACCCGGCCAAAACUGAUUUAUGAACUUCUUUUAUAUGACUUAAAAUCUCUUAAUGCCUUAUCUCUCUCCUCCUCCCCGCUUUAAUACAGCAAGGUGGGCAGGCAAACCACCCUACGGCUGCCGUGGUGACGGAGAAGCAGCAGAUGCUGGAGCAACACUUGCAAGAUGUCAGGAAAAGGGUGCAGGUAGGUGGGAGAGCUGCCUCGCUCUCUCUCUCUCUCUCUCUCUCUCUCUUGCUCCAAAGUUUCAAGCUUGCCUAGAGUUUGUGACUCCUCCCCAACCUUCUAUUCCUUGGCUUUUUCUUGCAGGACUUGGAGCAAAAGAUGAAAGUGGUGGAAAACCUCCAGGAUGACUUUGACUUCAACUACAAGACCUUGAAGAGUCAAGGCGGUAGGUGGGAACAUGCUGGGGAAAAGGGGAUAACAACUUUUCCAUCGUGGCAAAUUCAUGGAUGGGGAGAUGCCCUUCUGUCCUCAUCCUUUGGGGAGCAAGGGUGCUCGUGCAGCCCAGGCGCUUAACUUUCCUUUUAAAUCAGGGGAGCCUCUGGCCUGCAGACUUCACGAGGCAUGCCUGGCCUCAGCGCUGGGUCUGCCAGGGCAUUUCUGCCAAGCCACACCGGCCUGCUUCACUCCCGAUGUCGGGUUGCGGGGCAGGUAAGGAUGCGCUGAGCCAAAAGGGGUUUGCAAAGCCCUCUAUGCAGUGCUCCAAAAAACACACCAGUGAACUGAUAGCCAGGCAUCACACUUUCACGUGAGCUCUGCAACUUUGGGUGGGCAAACGUCAUUCACCUGACACCAUCGCACACCUGUCACACUUGGCAUGCAGAGGUUGGGUGGGUGAAGAUAAUAAUCUGGCCUGCUGGCCAGAUCCAGUUCACCACCCCUGUGAACCUUGUAGACUGGCUGCAGUUCUCACCAGGAACAUGAUGCCCAUCAUCUCCCGAAUCUGUCCUACAUGGGGCUGCUGAAGAGGAACAGGAUGCCCAACUGCCUGAAAAAGGAAUUAGGCCAGCCUUUCUUAAUCUGGUGCCCCUCUGUCUUUUGCUUUAGACCAGGCAUAGGCAAACUCAGCCCUCCAGAUGUUUUCGAACUACAAGUCCCAUCAUCCCUGACCACUGGUCCUGUUAGCUAGGGAUCAUGGGAGUUGUAGUCUCAAAACACCUGGAGGGCCAAGUUUGCUUAUGCCUGCUUUAGACUAUAGCUCCCACCAUCCCUGGCCAUUGGGCCAUAAUGGCUGGGAUAGGUGGGAGUUGGGAGUCCCCAACAGCAUCUGAAUUAGGCUGACCAAAACAGGUGUGCAGAGGGGAAGAACUAAGAAACUCCAGGAGCCUCUGACAUGUUUCCCUGCCCCUCUCCCGCUGCUUUUCUUUAGACAUGCAGGACCUGAACGGGAACAACCAGUCGGUGACGCGGCAGAAGAUGCAGCAGCUGGAGCAGAUGCUGACAGCCCUGGAUCAGAUGCGGAGGGUAAGUAAAGGCGGCUCCUCCCCAACUCCAAAAAAACCCCACCUGAACUGCUAUCGACUAAGGCAGAAUGAUGCGGGAUAUGCCUGGUUUUGCAGCAUGUGGCCCGGUAGAAAAGCAUCUAGCUUUAGCACAGAGCUUCCUCCAUGCUGAACACUGCUGCUUAUAGCAAGCCAAGGGGGCGAUGCCCUUUGGGCAUUGCCUUUCUGUCUCUAAUAGGAACGAGUCACACACCCAUGAUUAUUUAACUCCGCAUCUCUUGGCCAGGUGACUUGGAUGUGCAAGCUGGCUCCAUUUCAGACAACAACAUUUCAGAUUUCCUUACUUGAUGCAAAAGUCUCCGCCUCUGGUGUUCACCGCUAUCAUACAUGAAAACCACGGAGAGGCAAGUUUGCAUGUAAACAGGGGAAGCGGAAUGGAGUCCUGAAUGUUGCCUAUUUCCUUCCUCACCUAGGGGAUUGUGAGCGAGCUGGCUGGGCUCUUGUCAGCCAUGGAGUACGUGCAGAAGACGCUGGUCGACGACGAGUUGGCUGACUGGAAAAGGAGGCAGCAGAUCGCAUGCAUUGGUGGCCCACCCAACAUCUGCCUUGACCGCCUAGAGAACUGGUGAGAGCUGAGUGCCCUUGACUGCCUACUACCUUUCCAAGGCUUACAAAGCAAGAAUCUGGUUGAGAGUGGAUUGUCCUUACUUUAAUACACCUCAAAGCAGAGGAGGGUGUUAGGAGCCACAGAGCAGCAUUGACCUAAUGUGGAAGACAGAACAGGCAGGGCAAAGACCAAAUUCGGCCCUCCAGUUCCCUCUGUUUGGCCCUUGGACAGGCUGCUGCCUGUCAGAGCAAGUACUGGGCUUAGCUGAGCCAUAGUGGUCCUUUGCUUGCAUAGAUUUGCAUGGAAGGUGGCACUGGUGAGGUUUCCCAAAGGGGAGCGCACAGCUGUUCAAAAGCAUUAUCAAGACAAUGUCCAGUUAACACAGUAGUAUUGUUUUCUUUUUAAGACACGUCUGUGUGUGUGUGUGUGUGUGUAGCUCACUUUCUUCUCCCUUGCCGCAGGAUUACGUCUCUUGCCGAGUCGCAGCUUCAGACCCGCCAGCAGAUCAAGAAGCUCGAGGAGCUCCAGCAGAAGGUCUCCUACAAGGGCGACCCCAUCGUUCAGCACCGGCCCUUGCUGGAGGAGCGCAUCGUGGAGUUAUUCAGGAACCUCAUGAAGAGGUAUGCUGGCCUGCUGCCCUUGCAUGUAUGGGAAAGGUGCCAUCCCCUGAGGCUGCGGGGUGGGAUGCUGCUGCCGAGAGCAUGUUCAUCUGGGAACCUUCUGCUGAAUCUGGAAGUUUGGACCAGCACCCAAUUCCCACCACUGAACUCUCUCUCUCUCUCUCUCUCUCUCUCUCUCUCUCUCUCUCUCACCACCCCCACCCUGCCCACAGUGCAUUUGUGGUGGAGCGCCAGCCCUGUAUGCCAAUGCACCCGGAUCGCCCACUGGUUAUCAAAACUGGAGUACAGUUCACAACAAAAGUGCGGUGAGUUGUUGGUGUUGUGUGUGCGCAUGCAUUAUAUGGGGCGGAGGGUCAGCUAUAUGUUGCUGAAUGUUGCAAGGCUUAGGGCAGAUAAAAUAAAGUAGUUCUUUACGUGGCCUGUAGUCAAACUGUGGAACUCACUCCUGCAGGAAGCAGUGAUAUGCCACCAACUUGGAUGGCUUUAACAGAGGGUUGGGCAAAUUCAUGGAGGAAGAGAGGGCUGUCAUUCUAGCUAGGAUGGCUGUGCUCUGCUUUCCACGGUUGGAGGCAGCAGUACUUCUGAAUACCAGUUGCUGGAAACCACAGACUCUUGUGCUCGAGUCCUCUGUGCGGCUUUCCUCUUGGGGUAUCUUGUCAGCCACUGUGAGAACGGGAUGCUGGACUAGAUGGGCCAUUCACCUGAUCCAGCAGGCUGUUCUGAUGUUCUGCGUACCUUCUACACUUAAAAUUCUGCGUCAGAAAAUCGGCAUUCUGCAACAGUAUAAAUUAUACAGACUUUGCGUUUAUGUGCUUGGCUUUUCAAAUUUUAUUCCACUUCUGCUAGGCUUGGGGAGAGGGGCAAAGUGGGGAAAAGACAGGGAACCUCAUGUGCUGUUGGGAAUCUUUCUCAGCCUCUCUUUCCUCCCUACUCACAACCGCCUCCCAUUCUAGCUUCUGAGGCUUAAACUGGGCAAUACCCACAUAUUUUCAAGUUUGUUAGUACAGCCUAGAAACUUGUUUUUUGUCUCCUCUUCCCCCAAAAAGGUGUAGAUGGGAUUCUCAAGCACAGUGCGAUUAAGCAUCACAGUGGUGAUGUAUUGAAGCUCUCUUGCCUGAAAAGCAUCUGUACACAGUGAAACUAGUUUCAAUGGACAUGGACUGUGUUCUCCUUAUUAACCUGGUGCCCCUUCCAAGGGGCAGCUGCUGCCCCCCCAACCCCCAUUUGGAGCAUAUGAAUAGCAUAUGAGGGUUAAGGGUGCACGAAGAAAGGGUGAGAUUUGUGUUUUUGGAAGCUAACGUGAAGUUUUGACUUCUGCAGGUUACUGGUUAAAUUUCCUGAGCUGAACUAUCAGCUGAAAAUCAAAGUUUGCAUUGACAAGUAAGUCCAGCCCUUUUCAUGAACAAACUUGAGGGCAGGGAUUGUGGGCAGAGGUUCCUUUAAAUAUAUAUAACUGACUUUCUGGCUCACGCUGGUCAAACCAUGGCUUAGUGCUGGCUCCUGGGGGUUGGGUAGAUCAUGAUUGCUUUGCUCCACCUCUGAUCCUGCUGUGCCGCUGUGAGCUGAGCCUUGGUUUGCCUGAGUGUUUCACCUGCAUCCAUUCUUAUGGUUUGUCCCGUUUCAGACAAACCAUGAGCUGUAACAAAGGUUUGUCCUUGGAUCUUUUGCAGCUCAUGAUUUGCCCCUGGGCUCUUUAUAGUUCGGAGUUUAUCCAGAGGAGAGAAACCACCAGCCCCAGUUUGAACAGCGCUCUUAAGCCAAAACUAUGUCUUAAUUUGUAGCAGUGCCAGAGGAAGAGCACAGUGACCACAGCUUCCUAUGUAGGAACACCUUGGUACUGAGCCAGCUCUCCCUGCCCAUCCUGAAAAAGAGAUCAGUUCUUCUGAUCCCAAAGUGUGGCAAUGAUCUUUCCUGGAAGGGGAGGAGAGGCACAGCCCAAACCUGUAAAGCUUGUCUGCUGCUGCUGCAGCUUGAGAGGCCUUUGCAAAUGUUAUUCCUUUAAUUAUUAUGAAUAUUGAUUUGGCUCAGGUUUUGGGUUUGGCGCGGUCUUCAGCCUGCCUACCCGCAUUCCCUUAAAAGUAGGGAGGAAGCCCUUUCUUUUCACCUCUGCCCCACAGAGCCCCAAGACCUUUCCCCCCACAAAUGCAGGGGUGAAGAAAUCUCUGGCCCCUCCACUUGGACCCCAGCAUCUGCAAGCUUGGCCAGUAAUCGGGAGGUGACGGGUGACAGGGAUUUGUAGUCCAGCAACAAGCGGAGAAGGCCUCAGGCCAGCCACCCCUGCUCUAAUACCUUCCAGUGAUGGCAUUGCUGUUGUUAUUAUUAUGCUGACUUCUCUGCCAAACCACACCCUGUCCCUCCUGCGGCAGGGGGUGGGUGGAAUUUAGGGCUGUUCAAGCGGUGUGCACACACUACAGGUGCUGAGCCAAGGGGGGGCAGCCAUUUCAAAGCCCAGUAAGUUGGGCACUGGGCGUUGGACCUCUCACCUCCUUCCCAAAGCCUAGAUAGCACUUUCCCAGUUUGGGGAAGGAGGUCAGAGGAAGGAGGUCUGAACGUGCCAAUUUGACUCUCUUGCUCUUUUUCCUGUCACAGGGAUUCCGGUGAAGUUGCUGCCCUCCGGGGGUAAGUUGAAGGCACUGCACCCUGUGGCUUCCUCUGCUGAGAUGCAUCUCAUGGUUUGCAGGCAGCUGCGCUUUGUUUGGGAGGAGGAGGGCAGGACCAUUUCAUUAGUAGUAAAAUAAUUUGAUUUUAAACCAUUAUAUUCAGUUGCUCAUUCGCCUUUUAGGGCACAAUGGCUGCCCAUCACCACCACGUUCAAGGCAAUAGCUGUAAAAAGCAGGGCAAAACAAUCAUCCAGUUAAAACCCAUUAAAACCGAGCACUUAAUAAAAAGCAGACCAAAAUAAAAAUCAACAUUUUGUUGGGGGGAAUAACCGGAAAAAUGCCAUUUCCAAAGGCUUGUAAAGAAGGGGACCACUAGCGUUUUCUGGGGUGGGGUACAGCGGCAGAAUCUGCUUCCGCAAAAUGACCACAAACUUGGAUGGCUUUAAAAAAGGGGGGGUUAGGCAAAAUCAGGGAAGAUGAGGGCGGUCACGGGCUUUUGUGUGCUAGAGACAGGAUGUCCCCGAACAUCAGUUUAGCUGGGAAUUGCAUUUUGGGGAGAGUGCUCUAGUGCUUGAAAGCUGCUUGCAGCGUCCGGCUGGCCGCAGUGAGUACACGUCACUGGUCUGAUCCAGAGUGGCUGCUCUUUACAUACAGUUGGUGAUGGUUAAUAAUGGUUAAAACUCUCUCAAGGCACUCCUCCCAUUCCCCCCCCUCCCGCUUUGCCCAUCAAGGUCCCGGAAGUUUAACAUCCUGGGCACAAACACCAAAGUGAUGAAUAUGGAGGAGUCCAACAAUGGGAGCCUCUCUGCAGAGUUCAAGCACCUGGUGAGUGACACAGCAUCUUUCUCCUCCUUUGCCCCCCAAAACACUCCCUGGAUGCAUAGUGUGUCUAAUUUAUCUCUUUUUUUAUCUCUCUCUCCCUCACCCCCCAAUCACAGACGCUGCGGGAACAGAGGUGUGGUAAUGGCGGAAGAGCAAACUGCGACGUGAGUGACCCAACGCAGCACUGCUGGUGUAAAAUGAAAUGUUUGAGAGCAGGAGUAGUUACUUCUCUUCCUCCACUGGGAAGUGCUAGUGGCAGAAAUCUGUUCCGGGGAUGUCCCUUCUCUCUCCCCCCACCCACCUCCUCACCAUCCUCAUUCCUCUAGGUUUUCUAAACCAUGCCCCUAAAUUGUUUACAGACAAGUUAUCUCUUGCGAAAGAAAAAGACCAACCCUUGGGAAUGGGGAAGUGGUCUCUUUUAGGUUUGACUUUAGGGAAGAUCAGUCCUGUGAGCACCUUUUCAAAGGCUGAUUCCUUUGUUUGUCUCUCCGCUUAAGCCUAGCUCAGCAGAACUAAAAACGAAACCAAAAUUGCAAGUUGCUGCUGUGUUUUUUCCAAAGGGACAAAAAAUAUAUACCCUAGAGAAAUAUUUAUUAUCUUCCCCCGCAUUUACUCUCCACUUCCUCCUCAGGCCUCCCUCAUUGUCACAGAAGAGCUCCAUCUCAUCACCUUUGAGACAGAAGUUUACCACCAAGGCCUGAAGAUUGACCUAGAGGUGAGCCCUGGUUGUGCCGAUUCCCCACAGUCCACCCACUUUACAGGGGUGUGGCGUGUGUGGGUGUGUGUUACAGUUGCACUGGGAAUCUACCCUGCCAGAAACCUUCUUUUGUAGUGCUGGUGUGGGUUUCUUGUUGGGAGUUUUCUUUCAGCAGAAAUUAAGGAAAGAAACCAUAUCAGUAAACUACAACCUACAAUUUGCAUCCGCAACAAUGCUCAAGGGUAGCAGCUUCCAGAAAAAUGGAGAGGGGAGGAAACGGACAACUCCUAUUUUGAUGGAGGAUGCAGAGCUGUUUGCAUAUUUCCUUUCCUGUUCCCUCUUUCGAAAUAAGAGGAACAGCCCGUUCAUGAGCUGCCAUUGACCAGAAUCAGAGCAUUCACCCAGUUAGCUCAGCAUUCCCUGCACUAAGAAUGUGAUGUUCUCCAGAUGGUUGUUGAACCACAGCUUCCAUCAGCACCAGGCGGCAUGGCAAAUGGUCAGGGAUCAUGGGAGUUCAAGUGUGAAGCAUCUGGAGAGUUGGCUGCCCCUGGUCUACACCGACUGGCAGUGUCUCCCCAGGGUUUCAGGCAAGGAGUCCUUCUCAGCCCUAUCAGGAGAUGCCAGGAAUUGAUCCUGGGACCUUCUGCAUACAAUGCAACUGCUGCACCCCUGAGCUGUUAGCCAUCGCACUAUGCAUUGGAAUACUUGCGAUGGCUCCAAGUUAAGGGGUUGCCCAGUAUCCAAAACGUGGACCCCAAAUCAUGAAAACCUAGACUGACAACACCCAUGAAAAACAACUCAGAAAAACUGGUCAGACUGAAACAAUGAAGGCAAACUCUAGAGAUAAAUUCUCUUGUUGAGUCUCUUAAACCUAACUGCUUGUUGCAUGCCUUCUUCCACCUCCCUUUUCCCUUAUGGCCAUACCAGCAUUUGCAGCUUGCUUCACUGCAAGAGUUGCAAAGGGGUCCCACGAGUCUCCCUACCUGAAGACGAUUAACUUCAUAACGAUGCAUAAGGACUAGAAACUUGGUGGUUUGGUCUGCUGUGAAGCAGGAGCCCGGGGGUGUUUCCUGUUGCCCAGCAGAGACCUGAAAAAGAGAGAGGCUAGUCUGUGUGCUCAAGAGCUGCUGUCUUUCCUUCCAUGUAGACCCAUUCCCUCCCUGUGGUGGUGAUCUCCAACAUUUGCCAGAUGCCCAACGCCUGGGCGUCCAUCUUGUGGUACAACAUGCUGACAAACAACCCCAAGGUACGUUGAGUUUCCCAAACCUUGCAUGGACAAAAGAGAGGGUGAGAGAGCGAGAGCAGGAGGGUGUUUUAUUUGUUUUUCGCCUGGGUGUGUUGUUUGUUCCUGAUUGUGACCGAGUCCUUCUCUUGGCAGAAUGUCAACUUCUUCACCAAACCACCCAUUGGCACUUGGGACCAGGUGGCCGAAGUGCUCAGCUGGCAGUUCUCCUCCACCACCAAGCGAGGGCUCAGCAUAGAGCAGCUGACGACACUGGCAGAGAAACUGCUUGGUAACUUAACAAGCUCCUCUCCUUCUUAUACGUGGGCCAACAGCAGGAAACCUUGAUCAGCAGCGCAAGGGCCACAUGCCCUUCCAGGCAACUUUCCGGGGGCCACUUUGCCAGGGGUGGACAGGGCCGGAAGCAGAAACAAAUGUGGAUGUUACCUUUGUGCCGUAAGCUUCCACCUCGGAACAUGCCCCUCUCUGCCCUCCUGUCCAGGCAACCAUCAAACUUUGGCAGCACUUUCUCGUCAGGCAAAAACACUCAAGGAGUGUGAAGCAGAUCCUGUGAGGGCUGUGGCCUUGAGGGAAGUCCAGAGGGCCUGAAGGGGCAUGAGGUUCCCCAUCCCUGAUGUGGGUCAUAAGGAGUUGCUGUCUUCCCAUCUGAGCUACCCAGCCUAGGGGUAUUGGCUCUUAACUGGGAGAGGAGCCUUGCCCAGGUGCACAACCAGAAAUCCUUUUUUAGCUGUGCGAUUCAAACUUGGGACCAAAGCAUGUGCAAAAAGUGUUGGCAUGUUGAAUGCCUGGAAGCCAAAAUAUCAAAUAUUCAAGUUGGCGUCAGUUUAGAAAAGCCCAGGCAAGUCUUUUAAGAAUAGCGUGUGUGUUAAACUUUCCCCCUAAGUGUGCCUCCUUUUAAAAAUGCCUUUCCUCCAAGGAACACGAGGUGACAGACAUGUGGAUGUGUACACACACACACACACUUAUCCUCACAACAACCUUGCAUAAUAGGUAAGGCUGAGAAGCAGCAACUGGCCCAAGAUCCCCAGUGUACUUUGUGGCUGACAGGGGUGCCAACUUGAACAAAAUAUGUGGGGGGGGGCAAGUAGGCCCCCUCCCCAUAAUAAAUCACAUGAUGCGGUGCACGCAUACCAUUUAAAUGGCAAUGCCCAACAACUUUAGGGGUGCAGCCCCCUCAAAUGGGGGCUGAAGGGGCCUUGGCCUCUAUGCCUUGGCUCCAAUGGUGGCUGAGGGGUGGGGAUGGGUGGGAUUUGAACCUGGCCCUUUAGGCCCUCGCCUGAGGCUCAGACCACUACACCAGCUCUCUUUAACGACUUUUCUUCCCUCUCACUCUACAGGCCCUGGCGUCAAUUACUCCGGAUGUCAGAUAACAUGGGCGAAGUUCUGCAAGGUAGGGGCUUCUGGAAAGCUUAGGUGCGGCCUUGGGUGGGGCCCAAGGUGCACCUGCCGUUUUGUUCAUGCGGGGGGAACCUUUGCUUUUAUCGCUGCAGGAGAACAUGGCAGGCAAAGGAUUCUCUUUCUGGGUCUGGCUGGACAACAUCAUCGACCUGGUGAAGAAGUACAUCUUGGCCCUGUGGAACGAAGGGUGAGCAUCUGCCAGAGACGUCGCCGCUGUUGCCAGCAUAUCUCUCUCCCCAAGAAGCCACUCUGCCUAUCCAGUAAACAAAGAAGCCCUAACAAGUUGGAGAGCAGGAAUGGGGAACAUGUGGCCCUGUAGUGGCUGUUGGGCUCCCAGCUCCCAUUAUUCCUGAUGGGAACAUAGGAAGCUGCCUUACACAGUCGUACCUCGGAAGUCGAAUGGAAUCCGUUCUGGAAGUCUGUUCGACUUACAAAACGUUCAGAAACCAAGGUGCGGCUUCUGAUUGGCUGCAGGAAGCUCCUGCAGCCAAUCAGGAGCUGCGGAAGCCCUGUUGGACAUUCGGGUUCCAAAAGUAGUUCGCAAACUGGAACAGUUACUUCCGGGUUUGCUCCGUUCAGGAGCCAAAAUGUUUGAGAACUAAGCUGUUCGAAAACCAAGGUACAGCUGUUCUGAGUCAGACCAUUGGUUCAUCUUGCUCAGUGUUGUCUACACAUGGAGAGGCAGUGGAUUUCCAGGAGGGGGCCUCUCUUCCCAGUUCUACCUGGAGAUUGAAUCUGGGACCUUCUGCAUGCAAAACAGACGCUGUGCCCACGGCCCUGUAGAUCAGGGUUUCCCAAACUUGGGUCUCCGGCUGAUUUUGGACAACAACCCCCAUCAUCCCUAGCUAGCAGGACCUGUGGUCAGGGAUGAUGGGAACUGUAGUCUGGAAACAGCUGGAGACCCAAGUUCGGGAAACCCCGCUGUAUCUGGUGCUGAAUUAGGGUUGAUAGGAAUCCAUCCUUACCUGGAAGGAUGCAGACUCCCCAUCCCUGUGCUAACCUUCCAGUGUAACUUCUUGGUGGCUCCUGACGUUGGGCUUGGUGGGCCAAGGGAAAGGAAAGGAAGCCAAUAAAAACCUCAUAUUUCCAUUCCUUCCUCCUCAGAUACAUCAUGGGAUUCAUCAGCAAGGAGCGGGAGAGAGCGAUCCUGAGCACAAAGCCCCCCGGCACCUUCCUGCUGCGAUUCAGUGAGAGCAGCAAGGAAGGUGGGAUCACCUUCACCUGGGUGGAGAAGGACAUCAGCGGUAAGGAAUGCCACUGCAGCUGCCUUAUGCUUAGGGCUGAAGCCAGAUCUUCCUUUUUAUCUAUUAAUUACGUUUGCCUAUGUGUAAAAGCUGCAUUCUUCUCAAGCCCAUUUUCCUUAUUCGAAUGAUGCACGCACGUAUCGUAGCAGGCGAGAAAAGGACACAUUCUUCCUUGGAAAGAAAGGCCUCUGUGCUACCAGCAGUUUUUGUUAGCGCUCAUAUUAAAAAUCGUGUUUGUAACAAGAUCUGCCCUGUUAAUUGUGUGCAGCUUUUUAGCCAAUUAACUGUUUUUAGAACCCGGUUAAUUGCUCACACGUUGCAGCCCUGCUUAUACCAAAUCCGGGUAAAUCUCAGAGUACUUGGUCCAGACUGUUGUGCCGGUCAACGAAGGAAUGAAGAACACUGCCUUAUACAGAGUCAGAGGUUUGGUCCAUCUAGCUCAGUGAUUUCUACACUGACUGGCAACGGCGCUCCAGGUACGUCAGGUGGAGGACGUUCCCAGCCCUACCUGGAGAUGCUGAGAAUUGGACCUGGGACCUUCUGCACACAAAGCAGAUGCUCUACCGCUGAGCUAUGGCCCUUCCCUCUUACGCAAAGGUCUUUCUCAGCCCUGCAGAGAUCCUUUAAUCAUUGGGAUGGCAUAGAUUGAGCCUACAUCGUUCUGCAGGCAAAGUAUAUGCUCUGAUCCUAAAUUACCCCAUACUGACACUUCACUUCUUCCAGAAGUUGUACCAGUCAUCAGUUGCACACUCCUAAGUAGCAUUAAUGGACAUUCAGUGACACCAUAGCAGCUCAGCCAAUGAUUAGGGGACAGGCCCAUCAAUGAUGGUCAGUUUUUAGUCUGUCUUGUAUUUUAGAAAUAUUUUUCGACUACCUUGAUUUGGUGAAGCUUUGCUGUUGUUGUGACUCUGGUUCCCUUCAUAUGAGCAAGAAAUUGUGCUCCUGUUCAUGCUAUCCUUGCAAAUAACAACUUUCCCCUUUGAUCAAAUCUCUUGUUUACCCUUUGCUGUAGGGAAGACACAAAUCCAGUCAGUGGAGCCGUACACCAAGCAACAGCUCAACAGCAUGUCGUUUGCUGAGAUUAUCAUGGGCUAUAAGAUCAUGGAUGCCACCAACAUCCUGGUCUCCCCACUUGUCUACUUGUAUCCCGAUAUCCCCAAGGAGGAGGCUUUCGGAAAAUACUGCCGCCCUGAGAGCCAGGAGCAUCCCGAAGUCACUGACCCAGGUAGUUGUUGGCUUUCCGCGCUUGAUCCAGCCCUUUGGUUCUCCACUUUACAGCGACAUUUUUGGAUUUUGGCUUUCUCCACAAAAAGGUCUCACGCUGCUAAUCAAUGUGACUAGCAUCCUUUACCACCCUCUCCAAAAUGCAGGGGGCUUGGCUUGUUUCUUUUGAUUACAUUCCCAGCUCUUCCUUUUGUGACCAUAACGGGUUGGUGAAAAAAGCGAACAGAUGGGAAGCCAGGAAAAAAGCCCGUAUGAAUUGUUGCUAAUUGUCAUUGUUGGCUAAAGUCUGGCUUGCAGCUUUUUAAAAACUAAAGAGGAGUGGAGGCAAGAACUUUUUCAAAUUGAAGUUUGGCAUGGCCACUGUGAGUUUUGUAUUGUUUGCUGAUGCCUCUGGAAAGAAUAUGCACGUUGCUAGCGGUUAAGAAGCCCCAAAAACAGCAGCAGCAGCAGCACCCACUCCCCUCUGGCUCCUACCAUAGUUUGGGGGCAAUUCUCAGUUCCCCUCUUUCCCCCCUCUCCCACCUUCAAAUCCUCUCUAUGGAGGAGUCAUAGCAUAUUGAAGAGGAGAUGCCCCUGCUGCUCUUCGGCACACACCAGCUUAUCAAAUACCUUCUCCUCUUUCCCCACCCCAAAAACAGGUGCUGCUCCUUAUCUGAAGACCAAGUUCAUCUGUGUGACCCCGUGAGUAUUUCCCGCGUUGAAAGGGUUGGGUGGGACUCCAGAGGUCCUGCACAGCAAUUAGCUGGGGCUUCCUGAGAAGCCGAGCUCCCUCCCUCACCUGUGCUUUGGAAACAAGAGGUCUCUCCUCAGAAACAGCUGAAGCACAGGUGAAAAAGUGCCCAGAGAGGAAGUGGUGCAAUGCGCCGACCACCAUGCCACUGCACCCAGUGCACAAGUGAGGAACAAAAUCCCGCAGGCACCUCCUGUUAAAGAUAUAAGGCAUAGAGAGAGAAGGAGGGAUCAAAGUUACUAACACGCACAGCCACACACGUUUGCAUAAAGAUAUAGGUUGAGUUUUAUUUUGUUGAGUCAAAGCUCUAUACUCCAUGGUGCAGAGCAGAGUUUGGUGGUUCUGGAGACCUUGGGGCUUUUACAACUUAUAACUUGUACUUCCCUUCUGUACCCUCUCCUCUUUUUCUCUUACCCCCCCCCCCACUCCCCACGUGCCUUUCCCAGAACCACUUGCAGUAGUACUAUUGAACUGCCUAUGUCACCCCGCACCCUCGAAUCUCUGAUCCAUUUUGGCAGUAAUGGUGAGGGAGCAGAGGGGAACGCCAGUGGCCAGUUUGGUGAGUGUGUGGUCCGCAGUGCUGUUUUGUUUGGUGGAAGGGGGCGGGCUCUGCUCUCGUGCAUCUCAUUAUGGAAAGGACAGGCCAAGGCUGCAUCCAGACUGCCCUCCAGAAGCAAGUUACUGAAACUUGAGCUUUCAACCCUUGUCAACGUAGAUUCCACAAGUCCGAGCGCCUCUGAUUUCAGUGGAUUGUGAGCAAGCAUCAUUCUCUCAGACACACCCUCCUCCUCAUCCUCCUGCAGCUUAAUUCAUUGCCUUCCUGUUUUAAUCAAACCACGGUUUCUUGUUGCGUCCAACCCAGAGAACUAUUGUCUGAGCACUCCCUUUGAACUAGAAUUGCAAACCACAAUUUGAUCCCAGCCAGAAAGGAAUCCUCCAAUGGUCGUGUUGUUGUUGGGAGCUGCACUGCCUUCUGUGCUGCCUUCCAAGAGCUCCACAGCAGUGGUGGGUGGGAGACGACAAAGUGAUGAGUGCGGAUUUUUACCUUUGUGGAGUAGGCUACUUCCUACACCCACUCCAUCCAGGUCAGCAAGUGGUGUUAUUAGAGUUCAAGGACAUGUUACAGUCAUGCAAAAAUAUUUGGGUUGGAAAGGGAAGAGGGGGAGAGAUAAGAGAGGCCAUAUCUGACCCUCAGGCCCAAGGUUCUCCAGCCCGGCUUUAAAGACAGUCUUUGGAAACAUAAGGGCUAGAGGCUUGGAGAUCUCAAGGAGCAGAAUUCUACAGCCAUAUCUACAGUUUGUUUUGCUUAUGCACGUCAUUGAGGAAUAUGCAGAACCUUGAGCGUGCUGCAGGCUGUGAAUCAGUCCUCUGUCCAGGAGAUGUUGAACCAUCUCUGACAUUGGCAGGGAUCCCUGCUGCAGCAACUGGAUCCCAUGCAUUCAGCUCUCUUUCCGUAUGUCCCACAGAGUCCUUGCAAGUCUUCGACAUGGAGAUGACCGCUGAGAGCGCCAACUCUCCCAUGUGAUUGGACUCCUCCUGGGCAGCUGAUCGGUUCUGCAUUUCCCUGGCACAAGAAACACCUUCUUCUUGCAUUGUCGGAUGAGCCCAAUCGGCACUCAAUCUCUGCCUCAGCUGGAGACGUUUGAUUGUGGGUCCGUCGUGAGCCGCUUUUGAAUACACCAUCGCCAGCAGCUCCUUGCCUGAGCUCGUGUGACUGGAGGGAAAGCCCUGCUUAAUUUUAGAUGGGCUUUUUCCCCCCCAGAAGAAAAAAAAAUAGUUCUCCCUCAUGUGUAAAAGCUACUUGUAUAAGGGUAUUUUCUGUUUGUCUUUGCUAGACCAAGUGCCUCUUCAUGUCCACAUAGCUGGCCUCCUGUACAUGUUUGCUGCAUGCCGCAAAAGGCUGCUUGUGCAGCUCACGCCAACUUCCAAGGUUUUUACCCAGUCUGUUCGACAAGCCGUGUUGUCAAGUGUAGGCAGGAGGGGAAGGAAGAAGAAAUUGUGGGGGUAUCAUUCUUAGAUAUUGGUGCAAAUUUUUUCUGUUUCAUUGCCCACAUUAAAGCUCCAUUUCUCUCCCCCCCCCCACUGGCCCACCUCUUUUUUUUAAAAAAACAAAAACUUGCCAAAUGAUGUGAAGGCGAACGUAGGCCUAGCACAGCAGCCCUUCAAGGUAAGAUACCUGUGUUCCCCAGGGCUAGAGAAAUGCCAGGGGCAUUGGACACCUGUGCACACUUUGCACUUGGUUGGCAGCUCCAGGAAUUUCUAUUUUUAAAAUAACUUUUUUUCCACCAGCUUUUGGCUAAUUCCAAUUUUACAUUAGGGAACGAAGGUUGUUAGAAUUAUGUGCUCACCGUUAACGGAGCAAUCCAUGGUAGAAGUGGGGAUUUUGACCCAGGUCACCCAAAUUAGCGCUCAGUUCCUCCCCCCCCCUCUUCUUAGGCAGGGCUUCAGGUCAUUGGGGACGGCGGAGAGCUCUUCUCUUUGGCCCUUAAGCCCAGAUGAGGCAACCGAGCUGAGUCAAGAGCUCAACUGCUAGAUUCACACUUGGAGAUCUGUUCACUCCGGUUAUCUUUCUUUUUUUUAAUUAUUAUUUAUUGCACUUUUAUCCUGCCCUUCCUUGAAGGAGCCCCGGGCAGCAUGCAAACCUCCACCCCUUCCUUUCCCCUCAUCCUUUUAUCCUCUCAACAACCUUGCGGUGUAGGUUAGGGAUGAGAUGGAUUCCUUCUGUGAGGUAGAUUAGUGGCAGCAAUAGUCCUGAGCUUUCUGGCUACGUCAGGCUUUGCACCUGGUUCUCCUGAUUCUAGCCACUGCACUCUCAUCUUAACUGUUGCGUUAGGAGCAAAGAGGCAAAAAAAAGGUUCCUGCCAGCGUCUCUCCUCUCCCACCCCAAACCGCGCUUUGUUUGGCUUGCCCAUUUCCUACGCUUUCCCGUUUUUUAAUACUCUGGGCUGUAAUAUUUUUUAUUACUAUCUGCCCAAUCAUUCUCUCCACCUUCUAGGGCUUAAGCCUGAGCUAUACCUAACGCUAGUCGGCUGUUGCUUGCCUGAGUUAACAAUUGACAGUCCGGCAUAGGAAAACUAGAACUCAGAUGCUGAUAAUCUAGUUGUAAAUCUCAGCUGUUGGGCUUGUGUGAGUUCAUAGAAUCAUAGCCUUGUAGUGAUGGGCGGGAACCCAAAGGAGUGAGGAAUCACAGCUACGGAUUCCUGCUUUGCAGGGGGUUUGGAUUAGGUGACCCUUAAGGUCCCUUUCAGCUCUGCAAUUGCCCAGUGGGCUCUCCCGGCGCCGAGACAGAAUGAUGCAACAAGUAUUUUCCAGUAUUACUUAGAGGCGUUGGCUAAAAAGGAGUCAGGUCAUGGUCGGAGCUGUCGGACUGAUCUCUUUCCCUACACCAGACUUCCUCAACCUGGAACGCUGGCUGGGGCUCAUGAGAGUUGUAGUUCAGCAACCUUUGGAAGGAAAAGCAGGCCCUUGGUGUUAAGAAGAGAACUUGCCUCCUUCAGAAAUGCCAAGCCUUAGAAAGUGUUCCAACUACUGCAAAGCUGUCCUCAUUCCAAAAUAGCUUAUAUACCCAAGUUUUUAGUACCAAGCUUCACCACCGCCAAAAAAUUCCUAUUUUUUUUCCUCUAUAGCUAAUUGCUCCCCAGAGCGUAAAUAUCUUAAUAGUAUGUUUUGUAUAUUUUAUUGCUGUAUCUACAGGCUUUAAACUUUCUCUUAAAUAAAUAAAUAAAUAAAUGUCCUUAACACCAC